AUGAUAUCAUGGGCAGCCUAUUCGGGCUUUUCAAUGAAGACUACCACAUUCUUUUCAAAAGAAGUUUUCCCAGAUGAUAAUAAUAAAGGUUUAUGCUUUGGAUUGCUUGUGAGCGCUGUAGUUUACACAUUAGCAUUUAUGUAUGGUGCAGUACAUGAAAAAAUAGUCAAAACCUUAGGAUCAAAAAUGACUUAUUUUGUAUUUCACUUUUUAAUGUUUGGAUGCCUAUUUGGAAUAUUAUUUACAAAAAACAAAUGGAUAUUGAUGGCGUUGAUGGCACCAAUUGGCAUUGCAUCAACAGUUUUCAAUACAAUUCCUUAUUCUAUUAUAUCAGCCUCUUCUCCACCACAAUCCCUAGGUAAGAAUAUUGGUGCCCUUAAUGUAUUUAUUGUUCUUGGCCAGCAGACUGCAAAUCUUGUUAUAAUCGCAGUUGGAUCGAUUUACAAGAAAUGGAAUUGGCUAAAUCAAAGAGUUGGUGAAAACCAAGCAUAUGUUAGCUCUGGUGUUGUAGCUAGUGCGAUUUCAUGCUUUUUAUCUUUUUGGAUUAUUGAUCCAAGUAGCGAAGAUGCUACAAUUUCGAUUGUAAGUUCUGAAGAUGAUUACGAACAAAUCAAUUGA